UGACCCCCAUCCUCUGGCUGACAUGGACUCAUUUUGGGAUAUCCUGAUGUCUCUCACUAUCGCUGCAACGCCCUAUAUCUCCUGAGCUCAUCGGGCAUGAAUAUGCCGGAAGCCCUUUCAGUUCCUCUCCACCGGCCACGCUCCGUGACACGGGUCAAGUUCGUUCAAGGCCAGCUCCUCAUUGUUGCCUCCUCGGACGGCCAUCAGAGCUCUCUGGCUCUCUGGUCUGUCCCGGCGCUGUUUCAAGAUGGAAAGAAUGCAACACCGCUGACAGAGUGCUAUCUUCCGGGACCGGUAUACCGCGGUGUGCUGGAUCUGCAAGACGACAGCGCGGUGGUUGCUCUCGAGAUCCGAUCCAGGUGAGGCAUAGUGGCAUAGAUCACCACCAUCUAUGAUUAGCUGAAGUUAUCAGCGUACCCUCCAUUCAAGUAGUGUGCUUGCGCUACACGAACCAAUCGACCCCGACCUUUUGUGCGAAAGCAAGCCUGGCGGGCGCAGCUGUUCUCCGAAGCCUCCAUGGGGACUUAGUUGGAUUUGGGCCUUUCAACGAGCUGAGCGUGCCGUGCGUCUGGGACUGGCGACGAGACCAUGUAAAUCACUUCUAUCAAGAGCCCAGUACAAAGGUGAGCCAUUGGAU